AUGUUGUUAAACGGGCGAAAUUCGAACCCUCGAUGGAGGUUACAAUGGCUGGUCCUAUACCACAAGGGCGUGACAGUCAGUCCGCGCAGAACAACGGGCAACACGGAGCCGGUCCACUCACCCGACACCAAACUCACCAUCCACGAAACCACCAUCAACGACAACUUCGACAUGAUCGUCAACGCCACCUGCCACGGCUGCCAGUCCUUCACCAAAACCGACUCGGCCGCGCCCAUGAUGUUCGCCGUCGGCCCAGGCCUGGACCUCAGCUCCGAUGACCUAGACGCGCGGAUACGACGACAUUCCGCCUACGGCCGCUUCACAAUCAACCUCCUCCGCGCCACCCUCCCCGGCGGCAUCCCGCCCUCCGCCUCCACCCCCAACCCCAACACCACCACCCCCGACGUCAUCCUCUCCUUCACCAACAACGACGACACCACCACCACCACCAACCCCACAGCGACCUUCCGCCUCCACCAAAGCGGCGACGCCAAGGCCGCCACCGCCCACGGCAUCCUGUACGCCAUCGUGGCCCUGGCCGUCGCGCCCUUUGACUCGUUGGUUGCCGGGGCGUUGGGAAGCCGCUGGGCGUGGGUGCAUGGGGUCACGGCGACGGUGUAUGUCGCGUUUGUGGUGGGGGCGAUGGUGCCUGGGGUGAUUGUGGGGAGGGAGCAUGUUGCGACCCAGCAGUUCCGCACCGGCCACCAGAUCCUGGGCUUGCUCACUGUUGUUGCGCUGACGCUCAUGUUCUUCUGGGGUAUUGCGCUGUCCUGGAUCAAGCGCUCUGCUAAGAAGCGUGGUCAGGAGCCUCCCGAGAGCACGCGUAUGUUGGGUGACAUCCAUAGGUGGGUGUGCAGGGUUAUAUGGGUGCUCUUGCUGGUCAAUGUUGGGGUGGGCUUGAAACUGUCCGAGCAGAGGAUGGUGUUGAUCUUGGCUUACGUGGCGCUGGCAGUGGGUGUCAUCAUCGUCCUGGUGCCCAUCUAUUUCUGUCUGUGGAGGAUCCAGAAGAAGAGAAAGGAAAAGGAGGAGGGGCUGGAGAUGCCCACGAUUUAUGAUCACCAUGGCUUCAAUUAG